CUGAUUUGUGAAGCGUACAGUCUCUCCUCUCUUCACGUCUCUCUGAUCACUCCCGAAUUCGAAAUAUCUCUAAUUUUCGAUUUUUUUCUUUAAAAAAAUUCUAAUUUCAAGAAAACAAGUGGUUCUCGCUAUUUACAGUGUUAUUUAUCCGGUGAUUGUUUGUGGGUCUGCUUCAACUCUAGUGGAAGAGAUGGUGUUCUUGAGCUGGGGCCGUCCAUCUACCGAGCAACAGCAACAAGUCAUCAACAAGUCAGGAACUUUCAAUUACGACAACAAGUACAGAGGAGCUUCUUCUAGAUCAGUAUCCAAACUAAAGGAAGAUUCAGAAGUCAGUAAAGAUGGGUUCUUGAUCAAUCACUCUCGCGUCUUAGUUGGUUCUGGUAAAGAGAGUUACGAGAAGGGGAAGAAAGCUCUUCAGAACUGGAAGCACUUUGGUAUGGAUUGGGCAUUUGUUGAUCCCAACACACCAGUUGAAACCGGCAAAAAGUUUUGUGUCUGCGUGAAAGAGGUUCUUCCUUGGGUGAUGCUUCCUCUUCAAGUGGCUUACGUCGACGAAAGCAAGAAGUCUAGAAGAGGCCCUGCGCAUUUCGGGUACGGGAGCGGCACUCUUGAGGGGCAUUUACUAGCUGGAGAAGAGCGGUUUUCGAUUGAGCUGGACGGAGAUGGUAAAGUGUGGUAUGAGAUAACGUCCUUGUCGAAGCCAGCUCUUUUCUUGUCCUUCCUUGGUUAUCCUUAUGUCAAGCUUAGGCAGAAGCACUUUGCUCAUCAUUCUUCUGAUGCUGUCCUUAAACAUCUUAGUAGUGCUUCUUCAUCAUCUUGAAACUGAAAAAAAAAAAAAAAUGAAGUUAUUUCAGUUGUAUAAAACAUGUUGCAUCUUUUGUUCAAUUUCAAGCACUGCUCUGCUCAGUUCUGGUGGUUCUUA